GCCCGCGCGGCGCGGCGUGGCCAUGGCGCUGUUCUGCAUCCGCAGGUACGGCGAGGAGGACGAGCAGGAGGAGGAGGCGGAGGGCCGGGCGCGGGUCCUGCUGGAGCGGCUGCAGCACCAGGCGAGGGCCCGGCAGCAGAAGAAGCAGCGAGAGGCGCCGCCGCAGGGAAGGGAAGGCCCCGGGGGCGCGGGGCUGAGCCCCGGGGGGGAGCCCGGAGAACGAAAGGGGAAGAGGGACAGGGAGGAGCAGCCCGGUGCGCAGAGACAGAAGAAGCUAAAGACAAAACAGCCCCGCAGCUCUUCGGAAGAAAGGGCUGGUACUGAGGAGGCAGCAGAUGGCAGCAGCCCCACAAAGAAGAAGAAAGCAAAUAGAAGAAAACCGGAAGUGCAGCGAGAGAGGACUGAAACAGAUUCUGAAGAAGACAUCAAGCAGCAGGACAGCAGAAACAACUUUAAAAAGAAGCCUAAUAAAAGGAGGAAGACAGACGAGGAAACACAAGGAGAUGAAACAGGGAAUAAAGAGAGCAGUGAAGAAGGUGAAGGAAAUAAAACUGCAGAGGAGGAGCUGCCCUUAGCAGCCUCAGGGGGCACUGGUGCCCCCUCCAGUGUGAUGAUUCUCGGGGACUACGAAGCAAAGCCAGUGCAGAAGGUGCAGCCCUUCUUGCCCCAGUGGCUUGCAGAGCCCAGGCGGGUGCAGCAGCGCAUCAGGGACAACCUGUGUCCAGUCACAGCCGUGCCAGGCAUCCAUCCCCGGCUGCUGAGAAAGCUGCACAUGAAUGGAAUCCACUCCUUUUUCCCAGUCCAGGCAGAGGUGAUCCCUGCCAUUGUCGGGAGUGCAGCCGGUGGGUACCUGCAGGGCCGGGGCGGGUACCGCCCCAGGGACAUCUGUGUCUCAGCACCCACGGGCAGCGGCAAGACCCUGUCCUUUGUCAUCCCCGUUGUACAGGUUCUGUUAGAUCGAGUGGUUUGCCACGUACGAGCCCUGGUUGUUCUGCCCACCAAAGAACUGGCACAACAGGUGAGUAAAGUGUUCAACAUUUACACUGACGGGACAGGUCUGAAGGUCGUUUUGAUUACUGGCCAGAAAUCUUUUGCAAAGGAACAGGAGAUGCUUGUCCAGAAAAAAGUGACAGGCUACUGCAGCCUGGCUGACAUUGUGGUGGCCACGCCAGGGAGGCUCACGGAUCACAUUAACCAGACCCCAGGCUUCAGCCUGACACAGCUUCGCUUCCUGAUCGUGGAUGAAGCUGACCGUAUGAUUGAUGACAUGCACCAGAACUGUCUGAACCAAAUUGUCAAAGCUGCAUUCCAAGGAGAGAAUGGCUCUGGCUCCAACACACUUUUUCAGAGGACCAAACCAGGGCCUUUAACAGCAGCCAGUUCCUGCUCUCCUCAGAUACCCUUACAGAAACUGCUGUUUUCAGCCACACUGACCCAGGAUCCAGAGAAAUUGCAGCAGCUGGAUUUAUUCCAGCCUCGUCUCUUCACAUCUGUGUAUUCCGAGAAAAACAGAGAUGGAGCAGAAACUGAACCAAAUACCAGUAAUAAAUACACACUCCCAGAGGGGCUCUCGCAAUGUUACGUGCCUUGUGACCUGAAUUCCAAGCCCUUGCUCCUCUUGUAUUUCAUGCUGAAAAUGAAAUUCACCCGCGUGUUGUGCUUCACCAACUCCAGGGAAGCCUCUCACAGGUUGUUCCUGCUGGUUCAAGCCUUUGGUGGAGUCACGGUGGCAGAGUUUUCUUCUCGGUUAACUCCAAAUGAGAGAAAGAGAACCAUGAAGGAGUUUGAUCAAGGGAAAAUACAACUGUUAAUCAGCACAGAUGCCACAGCCCGAGGGAUUGAUGUUAAAGGAGUGAAUUAUGUGAUAAACUAUGAUGCACCACAGUUCAUCAGGACCUACAUUCACCGGGUUGGAAGAACAGCUCGUGCAGGAGAAGCAGGUGUUGCUUUCAGCUUGGUCCUUAGAAUUCAGGAGCGGCGGUUCCUGCGGAUGCUGAGGGAUGCUGGCAUCCAGGAUAUAAAGAAACACCCAGUGAAGGGCAACUCAUUGAAGCCAAUGGUGCAGCAGUAUGAGAGAGCUCUCUGCAAGCUCGAGAAGACAGUCAAGGACGAGCGAGCGCAGAAGCGAGCCUGAGCAAGUGGAAGCUGAGAUGGCUGAUGUGGCUGGAGCUGCUGCGUGGGACAGGCCGUGGGCUGCUCCCCAGCACAGCAGCACUGAGUCAUGGGCCCUCAGUGCUUGGGUCCACAACCUUAUCAUAUCUACAGUCCAGCUAUUGCAGGCCUUAUUCCUCUUUCAAGGAUGCUGUGAACAGGGUUCAAUUACUGGUUUAAAAAAAAAAAAAAAAAAAAGAUAAAUUUUGAGAUGCAGGUUGUCUUGAAGAGGACUUUGCAUCGUACCCUGCUGGCACGUGUAGAAUUGCUCUUGAGCGUGGCCUGAUGGAGCUGCUGCUCUCCAGUGGUGGGGGCUGGGCCCUCACUGCUGCCCUGGGACAAUGGUUCUGUCUCUCUGCAGAUGCAUAAACACCUGUGCAGUGCCUGUAGCAGAAAUAUGUUUGAAGAGCUGCUCUAUGUGCAGUGACUCCAACUUCUAAGUAAAUAUUAAAUAAAUAUUGUAUAUAUUUUUAAAACUGUUGAAUAAAGAUUCCUGGGCUCAGGA